AUUUCAGCCAAUGAUGGAUUCGAGCGACAACCAGGAUGGUAGGUGCUGUCAAUUGAGCUCGGCGUUUAGCAGCCGCAAUUAGCAAAUAUCGUUCCUCCCCUCUAGGCACAGAAACACGGCUGCUCGCUUCAUUCUGAAAGCUGGAGGUCAUCAUGGCUGGGCGUUCGGGAUUGUCUAACCCAGCACAAUUCAAUACAGCUGCUGCCUGCUGCGCCCCAUUCCAAAUGAUCCGUAACCCCUCAUUUGCUACCAUGCCAGGUCCGCCAUGCGUGCAGCCUUACCAAAUGCGACUUACCCAGAUAAGUUAAUAAGUCACUCUGCGCCUCCACUCAAAUGCACUGCUUCGCGCGGAUGAGCAGCACAUCGCCAACACAGCACCGAAACCAGCUCAGGCCGUUUCUCCGGGCCCGAUUGAGACCAGUAUUUAACACCGGUUCCCUCCAAACUCCAUAGCCUGGAUCCAGUUGGAUUAGAUCCACCUUGUUGAAUUGAGUUUGCCCAGACCACAUCAUCGACCUCGCUCGUAUCAAAACAAUAUUCAAUCACAUAACACAUCACCAGGCAAAUUUAUUGGCCUGGUUACAAGGGAGGCACGCUUCCCAUUCCGGGAUACAACCUAAAUGUCAAACACAGAAGCGCCACCACCAGCUGCGAAGAUUGGCCGCCCCGCGCAAUGGAACGAGUCCAAGUCUCGCAAGUUGGCGAGAUUGUACAUGUACACGACCUUGCCUAUAGAGAAGAUCAUCAAAGCACUCGAUGAUGGCUUCUUCAAGCCAGGCCGUAACUCGGCCCAAAAGACGCUACACAAGAUGUUGGGCAACGAUCCUCGGUACUUGCGCCCAGAAGGGCGUGAAGAGAUGAAUGAGCGGAUAAAUGGCCUGGCACAUUCCACCAGCCGCAAGAGAAGCACGUCACGGGCGACUCCGGAAAUCGCAAGCCCAAUUGAUCAGGGCGAUUACCAGGCUUACCGCGACAAGGAGACCAUGGUGGAGAGUUUCGGCUUACACCCUCUGAAAACCCAACCGGAUGAACUCCGUGACUUCAAGGUCGAGUCGCCAUCUGAUUAUUCACCGGCCGCACUAACGGCGCCAUCUCCCGGCGUACACUCUCUGCACGCCUACUCGCCCGCUGCAUACUCCCCAUACCAGUCUCAUAACCCAUGGCACCGUUCCCAGAUGUCACCGCUACACAUUGAUACUUCCUAUGGAGCGCCUAUCCCGAACACGCCAUCUAGAGUCGAGUCUCAUGCAAGCUACCCGGACGCCCUAUUUGUACCGAAGCCUCUUGCGCAAAGCAACACCGUACUCUCAUCUUCGACAACCGCCACCACAGCCAGCAUUCGUGACCUCAAGGAACGUUUGUCCACGGCAUCCACGACAUUUGCGAAGCAGGUGUCAUCUCUUAUACGCCAGUGGACUAUAGGCAGCGAGACCAACUUGCCUCUUCAGCCCAAUGCAGCUGCAGGUAAAGGGAUUGAUCCGGAUCAGAUCGAGGUGGACAUGUGGAAAAAGCCUCUUCCUGGAGAUUUCUUCAAGGCUAUCGACUUGUGUGAUCAAGACCCGGAUAACUGGCAAGAGAUUGCGGAUAUGAUCUAUAGUAUUUCAGACUUCUGGCUGCUUUCCAACAGCAAAAUAUCCGAUAAGGCACGGCAGUAUUUGGAGAAUCCAACUCCGGCUGCUUUGGAUGAGCGGGACUGUUUCGGCAACACUCUUUUGCACCUCUUUGCAACAUACGUCGUGGACGCAUCGGAUUGCGAUUACGUUUUCCGGAAGAUGAUUUGGCCAGCAACCACAGAACAAAUUUGCGCGACAAAUACCGGCGGGCAGACAUUCCUUCACGUCCUUGCUAAGCCAUGGUUUUCAGGCUUGGAGGAAUCCACGGCGGCCCUUCUGCAGCUGCUUUCACAUGUCCAAGUUACAUGCCCGAAAAUCUUCACGCAAUGCGACGUUUAUGGGCAGACAUUCUUUCAUCACAUGCAGUCGAUGAUGCAAUCAAGUCAAACUGGCCACGCGACAAUGUCGACAAUAUUGCAAAUGUUUGACAGAUCACUCAUGCCGCAACGUGACGCCUUUGGUAGCAAGCCAAUUGUCGAUUCCAACUUUGCAGCUCCUAGGAGACAACACAUCCCGCCGUUAUCCCCAUUGGCAGAAGAGAUAGGGUCACCAACGUCAAGCAUCGGGGCCGCAUGGCCAGGACAGGACUCUCCGUCAGAGCGUCUUGCUAAGCAUACUGCUUUGAUGAAGAUUGUUACAGGGGCCGACAACAAUCCUUCACUAGAGGACGAGGAAGGACGAAACUGCCUCCACUGUCUGGCCGAGGUUAUCCUCGAUAGCGACAAACUUCAAGAGAAGUGCUCUUCACCAUCUAAUAGCCGACGGCCUCCUAAGAGGGCAUACGAUCAGAAAGGCACAGAGAAGUCGCCAAAGCAGGGACCUGGCGACAAGACCGUUGACAACAUUAUCAGUCAGAUCACAUACGAUGGCCCUCUGGCCAGCCGUCUGAAGUAUCUCAGGGGUCUACUCAGCUGCCCUGGAAUCGACGCUAAUCAUUACAGCAAAGACGGCAACACUGUUCUCAUGGCGUUCAUCCAACACCUUACAGACGUGGAUGAGGACAAGCACCGGAACCUGGCGGCAAUUCUCAACACUUUGAUUGAUGUUGACGGCAAAGGGCGAGGUCCGAUUCUCGAGGCCCGAAAUCGCAACGGAGAGACCCCACUCCUCAUGGCUGCUAGGCUGGGGCGGAAGACAGCGUUGAAGACACUACUUGAGCGAGGCGCCAACGUACAUGCCCGCGACGUAAAAAAACGGGGUAUUUUGGAAAUUAUUGACGAGCAGUUGGGGUCUGUAGAAGCCAGGCAAGACACUACUGUCUACGGUAGACUUGAGGCUUGCAGAGUCUUGCUCACGGGAAGGUACAAGGAAGACUGGGCCAGUGGGGAUGAAGUGUGUCAGAAGCCCAGCGUUCUUGAUGAGUGGCAGUGCCGGGUGAAGAAGACAUAAGAUGGUGGCCGCUAUUUGGGGCGACCAACAAGGAGAUUUAUGACAUUUAUGUGCAUUUGGGCGUGUUGGGGAUUUAUUCAUCUGUCUUUACAUGUAAUUUAGAGAUACCCGAUGUUGUGGCUUUAUUUUUGUUGUUGGGGGUUUUUCUGCUUUGGGCUGGUGGAAAAGAAGAGAAGACUGCGCAUCGCGGUUAUAAACGCUUCAUGAGAAUAUGACUCCUGGGGUUUUUUUUUUUUUUUUUUUUUUUUUUUUUUUUUUUUGUUUCCUU